AUGUCCAAAAAGAUCUUUUUGAGCUUCCUCGACGAGAUUCCGGAUGACAAGCUGGAAGGAUUCCCUCCGCGAAACGGGCAGAUCACCCUCUACACGCAGAAGGAACAAAACGGCCAGAAUUACCGUCUCGAUAAGCAAGGGUUGACAUCCGACAAGCGCCACAACCUCCAGAUCCAGGCAAACAAGCAAGCCAAGUCUACUUCGGUUCGGAAGCAGGCACCUAGCACUGUUGCCACUGUUCUCGUUCUGGAGUGGUCUGACCCGGCGGUGACGCCUGGCCAGGUUCGCGAUGCGUUCAAAAAGUCAUACAACAAUGGUGGAAGCGUGGAGAAGCUGGGCACGCAGCCAAAGCCGGAGACGAAAAAAAAAACCAAGUAG